GUAUGCCUUCGAUGGCCAGUGACGCGGAUCUGCUUGACAUACAGAAGUGACAUGCCCUCUGGCACCCUUAUCGACGACAUCUAGAUCGCCGCCUCGCCGUUCACCCACACCCGCCGCGGCAAAGUCGCCCGCCCUCAGCAGCAGCUGCCAAAACGUAGUUUCUUUGAGACGAAGCGGCGAGGGCGAUAACCGGCGGUACUGACCAGGGUGCACAGACUAUUUUGGUGGCUCAGUCGGCUCACCUAAAAACACUCAAAGCCCACCUUGCGACCUCGAAACCGAUUGCUUUAUUUCCUCCGACUCCCCAGUCACCAAUCUCACUUCUUGAGCUCAGCUCUGUUCUGCCUUUUGCAAACACUCCAUCCCUCUUGAACUCCCCCAAACACCUGCAACACAACCACAGCAAUCAUGGCCGACUCAAAAAUCGUCUCGAAUACUGCCACUCUUGAGAAAUACCUCAAACUCGACCAGCGAGAUAAGAUCAUUGCCGAAUAUGUCUGGAUUGACGCCAGCGGAGGUGUGAGAUCCAAGUGCAAGACCAUCGAGAAGAGCUCAUACACCGGCCUCCAGAGUCUUCCAGAAUGGAACUUCGACGGUUCCUCCACUGCCCAGGCACCUGGCGACAACUCUGACGUCUACCUCCGACCUGUUGCCGUCUACCCAGACCCAUUCCGCCUUGGCGAUAACAUUCUCGUGCUCGCAGAGACCUGGAUGUCCGAUGGCAAGCCAAAUGCCUUCAACUUCCGUCACGAUGCCGCCGUCGUUAUGGAGAAGCACAAGGGUGAGAAGUUCUGGUUCGGUCUCGAGCAAGAAUACACCCUGCUCGACUUCGAGGGCUGGCCGUACGGCUGGCCAAAGGGAGGUUUCCCAGCUCCACAAGGCCCAUACUACUGCGGUGUCGGAACUGGCAAGGUCUUCUGCAGAGACAUUGUCGAGGCACACUACAAGGCCUGCUUGUACGCUGGCAUCAACAUCUCUGGUACCAACGCCGAGGUGAUGCCAGCUCAAUGGGAGUACCAGGUCGGCCCAUGUGAGGGCAUCGAUCUCGGUGACCAGCUCUGGAUGUCUCGCUUCCUCCUCCACCGUGUCGCAGAAGACUUUGGCGCCAAGAUCACAUUCGCACCCAAGCCAAUUCCUGGUGACUGGAACGGUGCCGGUCUCCACACCAACGUCUCGACUGAGGCUAUGCGAAAUGAUGGCGGCAUGAAGGCCAUCGAGGCCGCUAUGGAGAAGCUGGCUGGCCGCCACAAGGAGCACAUGCUUGUGUACGGUGAGGGCAACGAGGCCCGCAUGACUGGCGCACACGAGACUGCAUCAUAUGACAAGUUCACAUGGGGCAUUGCCAACCGUGGCUCAUCAGUGCGUGUCAACCGCGCUGUUGCCGAGGAGGGCAAGGGCUACUUUGAGGACCGUCGUCCCGCCUCCAACGGCGACCCGUACCAGAUCACCGGUAUGAUCGUUGAGACUAUUUGCGGCAAAGUUGAGGGCGCCGACGUUUUCAAGAAGUCGCAGCAACCUGCUGAGACUGUUGACACUGUUGUCCCGAUUGUCAAGCCUUAGAUGACCGAUAACGAGACCACGACCACCCGAACUCUUACCGAUUGACCCAACCGACCUCACAGAUCUGCCGCCGCGCCGCGAAUGCUUCUAGAUGAUAUCCCCUUCCUGGGCGGCAGAUCAAUUGUACUAUGGGCAGCCUUGAAUGCUGCCGCGGCGUUUGAACAGGACCAAAUUAGAGGAACAUUUUCUUGCUCUAGCUGGGAGUAGCUAGAGAAAUGCAUAAUUGAGAAGUUCAAAACAAUUUCUGCUUCGCUCGUUCGUCCAUUGCAACUGUAUGGCAAAUGUGACCU